GCCGAUGCCCGUGCGCACAGCACGCUCACACGACUGCGCGUGCGCACCACGCGACCUGUCAACCAGUUCCGACUUCCUCGGAACACUGGCAUAUUGACUUUCAAAAAUGGAACGGAUGACUCUCGACCUCUUUGCUGUUGAUUUGACUUAACUUUUUUUUCUAUUCCAAUUUUAAAUUUAAAAGGGUGAAGUGACAUUUAUAUUUUGAGGUUCUAUUGCAGAGGUUUAUAUGUAUAAAUAUUUACACAGAGUGUUCUGAAUUCAGUGCUAAACAUUUCCUAAGGUCCGCUUGUUUUGUUCAGUGGUGCCAAGGGCGUGAAUUUUGACUGGUUUCAAGUGUGAACUGUAGGUAGUUGUGGACAGUACAGUUAGCUGAAAAUUGUGUGUUUCAUUUGUUACCUGACUUAUUUAUAUUGCUUGGAAUAUACUCCUGUUGCAUAAGGAUUACUCAUUCAUUACAACUCGGUGUGAAGUCCCGGUGAGUGCGCGGCCGUCGUGACGGCAAUGAUGACAAGGGACGCGUCGCGCGGGGACGCCGACCUGAGCGUGCCGAUAUAUCUGACGCACAACAUAAGCCAACAUGUUCACGAGGUUCGACCAGGGCAAAUCAACGAAAGGCGCGAGCAAGCUAAGACGCGACCUCAUCAACGCAGAGAUUGCCAACCUUCGGGACCUGCUGCCCCUCCCCCCCUCCACCCGGCAGAGGCUCUCGCAGCUGCAGCUCAUGGCUCUCGUCUGCGUCUAUGUGAGGAAGUCCAACUACUUCCAACAAGUUUUCAAACGCUUUGAAAUCAACCACCAACCAUCAACCACACUCAACUUCGGAUUUUCUAAGGCACUAAACGGGUUCCUAAUGAUGAUGACACAAAACGGCAAACUUCUUUACAUAUCGGAUAACGCAGCUGAAUAUUUGGGACAUUCUAUGGAGGACCUGCUAAUACACGGAGACAGCGUGUACGACGUGAUAGACAAGCAAGACCAGCAGGCUGUCAGGACGGAACUGUCUCGAGCACCCACUGAUGGAGAAGAUAGGGUGUUCUUAUGUCGCAUGAAUGUUGCGCGCAAUGCUAGAAGGCAGAUGCGGUUUGGGGAUCAGAAAGUAAUACUAGUCCGCGGCCACUACGUGUCGUACCUGCCGCUGUGCAGUCGCAACGAGCCAGUGUUCCUGGCGGUGUGCACGCCGCUGGCCAUGCCCGAGACGCGCGAGUGCGUCGUGCACGGCGCCACCAACGUCUUCACCACAGUGCACGCCAUGGACAUGAAGAUACUGCAUAUUGAUGCCAAUAGCGAGUGGCACCUGGGCUGGGAGCGAAGUUCACUGCACGGCGUGAGCUGGUACCACCUCCUGCAUCCCGACUGCUGCAAGGAGGCUCAGAGCAAACAUCGACUAAUAACACAAUCGGAACAAGAGCGGUCUUGCAUCGCGUUACUGAGGCUUCAGCGUCGCUCCGGCCAGUUCUUGUGGGUGCAUGCUGUGCUGCAGCUUAAGGAUAACCUGGAGAACUCGCAGCGACCUGUUAUAGUGUGCACUAACCAGGUGUUGAGUGAACAGGAAGCCUCGGUAAUGAAAGCCAACCCCUGGCUCUACCAUUACUAUGCAGUACAAUCCAAGCUACACUACGGCCUGGCUUACGAAGCAGCGACGAGGAUGUACGGCCCACCACCCCCAGACAUACAAGUGUACCCGCCAGCGAUGCAGUACACACCAACACCGCCCGUCUGCAUCAACGGCAACCAGCCUGUCAUGAUGCCCAACCCUGGCAUACAACCUCACAUACCACACGUCCCACCACACAUAGCACCCAUGCACUACGCCUACGAAAGAACAGACAACGGACCUGUGGAUUAUUCAGUCUCGCUGCAAGAAAAUAGAUACCACAAUUUACGGAUAGAGGAUACGAGGAUCCAGCCUAAUGCUAAGCGGAAAGGGAAAAGUAUAGAAGAGAAAUCAAAUACGCCAGUAAUAAAUAUGUCACCUCGUUGCACACCUUCUACUAUAACAUCGGGAGGCGAUACACUAAUAGCAGUAUCAGCAGGGUCAAUAGCCAGUAGAAGACCUGGGUCUAAAAACUUUAAUAUAACAGAAACAGAAAUGGUUGACCAAUGGAACCCAAGUCCCACGUGGUCAGAGUCAGCGCUGCAGAAAGUGCCUGACGUCUGUCACCAAGACCUUAGUCCUUACGUGACGACGACGCCUCCUACGCCGUCCGGCACACCUACAGCCUACACCCACAACUACAGUCAUACGUUCGUGUUCGACUGGUCACCAGAGCAAUAUGUUCCUCAUACUAACAAUAGAUGUAACACAAUAACCACAGAAAGUUCCUAUCAACAGACGUGGAAUAGGAGUCAAAGGACAACGUUCGCUAAUAGCGCAGAGAACUCGGUAGAUGAAAACUCCAAUCCUAAUAGAUUAAGUUUACCAAUGAGGGUCAGUAAUCCACCGCCAGCGUAUAAUGCAUCUAGGGAAGACGUACUUAGAAGGCAAAUUGAUCGACCACAUUCUGAUUCGCCGGAUGCCAAAAAGCCUGCGUUAUAACUGUAGCUUAUUUUCUUAUAAUGUCUUUGAAUAGUUAAAUAAUUUGUUACCCUGUAAUAAUAAAUUUUAUUAAAUAUAGAAAAAGCUCUGGAACUCUCCUGUGAUCUUUGUGUUUAAUUAUUUUUGUAUAAUGAUAGAUUUAUUUGUACAUAUUAUUGUCCGGUAUCAUGGAUUCUGUACAAAAUAAUGAUAUAGGUGCUAGAGCGUAAUUAUUAUUCACAUGCAAUGUGAUUUGUUUGUGUAUACGAAGUGUAUUAUUUUUGUAAAUAUUUAUAGUAGGCACGUGCAUUAGUCCGUGCUUUGGUAAAUCGAUGCCGUCCAUUUUCCUAGCUCCUUUUAUUCCCAGUGCUAUUCAUAAAUUAUGCGCAAACGCAAUAUUGCUUCUGGUACCGUUCAACGACGAGGUUGCAACUGCCUAUUGAAUAAAACAAUAGCGAAUCUGGUUUAUGCUCGUCGCUCUAAUUUCUCUUUCUCCCUUUAAAUAAAAAAAAAACUUUGUAAAAGCGACGCAAGACCUAGCAAUUUAUUAAAGCAAAAGUUUUUGUUCCCCUAAGGUUUGUUGCUUUGAAGGUCUGGUAUGCAGCCGUAUCAGACGGCAGUUUGUUUUAUUUUUAAUAAUAAUUUACUUCUGUCCAAAGCGAUCCUAUUCAAAACAAUAAAUUUUAUUGUGUCAAGUUUAUUUAUGGGUCAUUUUAAAUCGUACCGUACCGUAUGUUUUGAAACACGAACAGAAACCGCAAAUUUAAACUCUGAAUACCAUUAACUAAGUUGUUUUGGCCACUAAUAAUUCAAUGCUCUUUUCUCUUUACCGAGCAGUUUGUGCAAUUCCGUCCAGUAUUGGAAAUUGUAGAAAUAAGAAUAUUGUACAAAAUAGUAGUAAGUGUGUAAAAUAUAAAACAGGAACAACUAUUUGUAACAGGAGAAGUACAUAACUAGUAUUAAUUUAUGAUCACUAUUUUGUUGAUUGCGUUUUGCGAAGUAAAGAUUAUUAUGACCUUAA